AUGGUGGACGAUAUUGUACGAUCUUCCUCACCGCAGCGAGAUAGCAGUGUCGAAGAUGUGUAUUCGGAUUUGUACUCCACUUUCUCUCAGAUGACCACCACCACUGCAAAUGAUAUUGAACAACGACCAUACCCAUUCACAUGGAGGACGGGUAUUAUGUUUGUUAGUUCGACAAUUGGUGGGAUGCUUUUCGGUUACGAUACUGGUGUAAUUUCUGGGGUUUUAAUAGCAAUGAAUCCAAAGGAUUUAAACUUUCAUAGUUUGGAAAUUUGGCAAAAGGAAAUAAUCACUUCUAUAACAUGUGCUGGUUCAUUCAUAGGAUCGAUAAUAGCAUUCCCCUUGGCUGACAGAUGCGGUAGGAAACACACGUUAACGGUUUGUUGCAUCAUUUUUGCUGCCUCAUCGAUGCUAAUGGCAGUUUCUUACACUUUCGAGAUGUUAGUCACCGGUAGGCUGGUCGUUGGUAUAGCCGUUGGCAUCGCAGCUCAAUGCAUUCCAAUAUAUUUAACGGAAAUUUCACCGGCAAAGAUAAGAGGCACCAUGCUUACGUUAAACUCUAUAAGUAUCACUGGCGGGCAAUUUGCGGCGUAUGUCAUUGCAUAUUUCAUGAUUGACAAUGACCACCCUCAAUCAACUGCAGCCUGGCGAUAUCUCUUCGCCCUAGGAUCCAUCCCAGCAAUUGUAUUUCUGUUGACAUUAGAUUUUAUUCCAGAAUCUCCCAGAUGGUUAUUAUCUAAAUCAAGACUGGUGGAGGCAGAAUUGGCACUGCAUAAGGUGUACCCUGCUGCGACGGUUCCUGAAAUACGGCAUAAGUUAAGAAAAUUGACUAGUGAUUUGAAUAAACUAAGAUACCAUAAUGAUGAGACCGAUCCAUUGCUUUUCCCUGUGAACAAAAGAAGAAGCGUUGCAUCAACAAGAACUGGAAGAUCUUCUUUGGGUGCUACGUACUACAAUGAGCAACUAGGUAAAAAAAGACAUAGAUGGGAGGGAAAAAGUAAACGAGCCUUAAUCAUUGGCUGUGUGUUAAUGUUUUUUCAACAGACAAGUGGCUUCAACGCAUUCAUGUAUUAUUCCGCAACGAUUUUCGAGCAAGUAGGAUUUACCAAUCCUUUAGUUCCGGCAAUCAUCGUUGCGUUUACAAAUUUUUCUUUCACCUUACUAGCAAUGAAGUUGAUUGACACGAUGGGAAAAAGAACCUUGCUACUCAUGACUAUAUGGAUUAUGACAGUAGGUUUGUUAUUAUGUUCUGUUGGUUUCGAAUUGAAUAACCUAGCGCUAUUGGUUGUAUCUGUGAUUGUUUAUGUUGGUGCUUACGCUACUGGUAUGGGAGUAGUACCGUGGAGCAGUGUCGAAUUUUUACCCCUGAACCGAAGAGCUGUGGGCGGAUCUAUGAUUUCCUGUACUAAUUGGUUGACUAACUCUGUGUUGUCUUUGACUUAUUUAACUAUCACAGAUAGGAUUGGAAACGAAAAUACGAUGCUACUCUUUGCCUUAUUUACUAUAUUCAAUUGGCUGUUCGUUUAUAUUUGGUACCCGGAGGUGAAAGGUUUAUCACUUGAAGAAAUAGGUCAAGUGUUCGAAAAUGGCGUGGAUGUCCACUUCAUUUAUAGAAAUUAUCAUUAA